AUGACGGUGAAGCUUGUAUUUGAGAAGAAUGAAGUCCUUCCUGGUUCGGAGGUCAAAGUUCAAGUCCAAGCUGCUCCUGGCUCCAUAUGCACCCUCCACACCCUGAACCCAAACAGGCCUAGGGACCUCGGGCCACAGGCAGCCACCUUGUUCCAGCAAGUGUCUGGAUAUCCCGCGGCUGUGGAAGACCCCAGCCCCUGCCCAGGUGCUGGGGGGUCCCUCAGAGACUUCUCUGCCAAGUGGAAUGCCUACAGGUUUUUCAAACAAAUAGGAUUCAAAGUUUUCACCAACACGAAAAUGAAAUCCCCAGCUGACUGUAGAAAUAAAGACGGUCCAAAAAUAUCUAACCCAAUGCCUGUCAUCCCAGUACCCGGAGCUGGUCUCCAGGGCAACACUUUGGCAUACUGGGGAGCUGAAAACUGGUUGUGGAGCCUGGUUUCUACUGGGAAGACUGGCAUGGCGGAUAUGACUUUCAUGGCCCCCAGGGCGGAAGCAGAGUGGAAGGCCCUGGCAUUUUGUUCCUCCGACUUGGGCACUGGGCUUUCCCCUCCGGUUCAUCUCAACAGCCGGGGGUCCCCCGUCCUGGCCGGCCCCACACACACACCGGUGGCCCUAGGCCCUCACUCAGAGCCUUUCUCUGUGGAGCUGACAGUGCCCAGGACGGCUGCUAUGGGCGAAGAGUUCCCGCUGCAAGUCAAAGUGACCAACAACAUCCGGGCCUGCCUGCUGAUCCAGACCGCAAUGGCCAAAACAGAUGGGAUAGAGUUUCCCAGUGGAAAUUCCAAAUUCAUUACCUGUCUGUGUGGCACGGAGAAUUUCUCAUGGAAAGUGAGGCCUUCCAGAUCAGGCCAAGUGGUUUUGAACGUGACUGCCGAGGCCCUGGAUAACAGGAAUCUUUGCCAUGUGGACACUGUGGUGCCCAAGACAGGGAAGAUGGUGAUGGUGACUAAGACUGUCUCUGUGGAGACCCCUGAAGGCUUCCCCCGUGGCCCCCGGACCACUCUGAGCUCCCUGCCUGGCAUGAAACAGUUCUCCUUGCAUCUGGAUGUGCCACUGUUUGUCACCCAGGGCUCGACCUUUGGGGCCAAAGCCACAGUCUCCAGCCCCCACCAGUGGCAGGCGUGCCUUGUGGUCAAAAUCAGCAUGGAGGACACUAAGGAGUUCGACUUUCCAGAAGGGAAUUUCAAGUACACCACCUGCCUGUGCCCAGGGGAAUCCAAGAGCUUCUUCUGGGACGUGCGGGCCACUGGCUUGGGUCCUGCUCCUUGCACUGCCUCAGCGGAGGUUUUACAGAAUAAGGACAUCUGUCAGGCGGAGACGGUGGAUCCAGAGACUGAAAUGAAGGAAUCGAUCACCAAGACCGUACUCAUCAAACCAGCAACCCGUAGUGUGGCCUUGGGUGAGGCCUUGGGGGCCGUUUUGGGUGCGGCCUUGGCCCCCCAAUCCUCUCAGACAGACAGCCCCAAGCCAUUCUCCAUCUACUUGGAUGUACCUGACUCAGCCAGUCCGGGAGAACUGUUCCCCCUCGAAGCCAGGGUCUCCAACAACCUCAAGGAGUGCAUUGUGCUGCAGGUGAGCAUAGCAGAGGCUGAAGGUCUGGAGUUCCCCGAUGGAAAUGCCAAGCACAUCGGCUGCCUGUGCUCUGGCCAGAACCGAUCAUACGUGUGGGAGGCAAAGACAUCCAAAUUAGGUCAGACCAUGGUCGGAGCCUACGCUGAGGUCCUCGACCGGCAGAAAAUCUGCUUCGUCAAAACCGUGGUGCCAGAGCAGGGCCGGAUGGACCAGAUCUCCAAGCCCAUGCUCAUCCGGGUCCCUGGAUCUCCCGAGGUCCACCUGCCUGCCUCCCCACACCCUGCUGUGGCCAACCAGGGACCCUACUCUAUGCAGCUGGACAUGCCUAGCUCCGUGAUCAGAGGGGAGCCCUUCACCCUGAAAGCCAAGGUGACAGACCACCUGGACGACUGUAUUGUGGUCGAGAGCAGCAUUGAGGAAGUCGACGGGGUGGUGUUUGACUAUGGGAACUACCGGUACACAUCCUGCCUCUGCCCAGACAGCCCCAAGAACUUCUUCUGGGAUGUGAAGGUGGUGAAGCUGGGGCAAGUGGUCUUCACAGCCACCACCAAGGCUGUGAACGAGAAAAACAUCUGCGUGGACAAUGUGGUGGCUCCAGCAUCGGGACAGAAAGAAAUGACAACCAGAGUCCUCUUUGUCAGUGACGCUUAGGACUGGCUGCUGGUCAGGGGAAGCAGGAGAAUCCAGAACCUGUGCUGUGACCAUAUCGUGACUACCCACCUGCACAUGCAGCAUCCAAGGACUCAGUCCUGUCCCUACUCCCAGGGCUCCGGGGUAACUCCUGGAGAGAGCAGGAUGAAGCAGCUGAUUGCCACCAGGGAGGCUCAGACCCUGCCAUUCUCAGAGAGUGAUGCCCACCUGCCUGCCUGCCCCUCUGUCUGGGACCCUUCCUUCCAGAUCAAUAAAACCCUCACAAUUCUAUUCUGA